CCCCUAUCGUGAGCAAGCGUAGCGAACACCGAAAGCGUACAAACGGCGAAUCGUAAACACACACACGGAAAGAGGAACGGCAAGUGGAAGUGGAAGAGGAAGAGAAGAAGAAGAAGGAACCCGAAGCUCACAUCACCCUGUCCCCUCCUCGGCUGAUGCAGGAACCGAAUAGAGGGCAACAGCCGCUCCACAGCGCCGCAGCUCCCACAGCCUCCCGAACAAAUGCUUCUCACGCCGCCGAAGCCAUGUCGAAUAAUCCCACCGGCAGUAGCACUGGCACUGGCUCCGUAGCUGGAGACGCAUUGACAGCGGCACACCAGGCCAGCCGCAAGAGGAGAUCGUUCCAGAGCAGAAGGAAGGAGAGGUCUUGCGAUUCGUGCAAGCUUAGGAAGACAAGGUGCGAUGCGAGAGAAAACGAGCCGUGCUCGGCGUGUUUGGCAGCCAAGUUGUCGUGUACAUUCUCCUCUCCGGACCACGAGGGAAGGAAGAUGGGGCCUACCAGGCGAAUACGCGAGCUGGAAAGGACAGUAGAAGAACUCACUCGAAAGCUGGAUCUGGCCGAGCAACGGCAUCGAAAAUAUUCGGCUCAGGAUGAUGGUGUAUCGCAGGAUGAAAACUACGCUUUGGCCUCACCCAUGGGGAGCUUUUCCGACAGCCCUUCGAAUACGCUGCAUACGGGUCGAGGUUCCAGCAGUCGGCAUGGACGACCGAGUUCUCGAAUAUCUCCCGGCGAGAGCGAUUCCGGCCCACAGAAUCGGUCUUCACCCGCCGGGUCCGCUCUUGCCAGCCGGAGGGGAUACGAUUGGAACUACGAUUCGCCGCCGAACGGUCCCACGGAUUCGGCGCAGGUAACAUGGAAUCCAAACAUUUUUGGCCCCGGGUCGGCUCCGCAAUUCAUCGAUUCGUAUAAGCAAUACCUCCAACGCCAGGGCUUGUACGCACAGCACAUCUCCGGGGAACAGGCGAAUAUGUACGAGAAGACCGAGCAAGUCCCCCUUCUGUCCGAUGUCGCCGGCUCACGUGGAGGCCCCGAACUCGACCUGAGGGUAUAUUUGCCGGCUCGGACAUUGGCGAACCGCCUCUUGGAGGCAUUCCGGGUGACCAUUCAGAACUACAAGCCGUUAUUCUACUGGCCCAUACUGGAACGGAAGUUUGAGAGGGCGUGGUCAUCGCCGAUGAUGGAGGGCGAUGAGCAGGUCGUCCGCGAGGUGUUUUGUGUGGUGAUGACGGUUUUGUCGGUGGGCGCACAGCUGGUCAAGGUCGAAGAGAUGUUUCCUGUUGGAACUGGUUCCCAAAGCAUCUCGCAGGAGCGUCACGGAUGGAAGUUCUUUGAGCUGGCUCGACGAUAUAUGAACCUCAACAACCCGGUCUACACACUCGAGGAUGCUACAGUCUUGCUCCUCAUGUCAUUGUAUCUGGACAAAGCAACGCUUCCAUCACCCUGCUGGAUGAUCUGCGGAGCCAUGGCCCGAGUCUGCCAGGACAUAGGCCUGCACCGACAACCCCCCGUUGGAAAAUUCACCAACGUGCAGCUCGAAUGCCGCGUUCGACUAUUCUGGGUAGCCUAUAUCCAAGACAAGCGUAUCAGCAUGAAGAUGGGCCGACCAUGCAUCCUCCGCGAAGAAGACUGCAACAUCAUGUACCCCGGUGUGAUGGACAGCACUGGUAUUGGAACGGCAUUGCUCUGUCCGCAGAUCACGGACGUGCCGGUGGGUGGGUUGCCGAAGGAGUCUCCGGACGUUAUACACCACAAGGCGGUUGCCCGGAGGGCGCUCGAGACUUUGACUGCUGCGAUCGGGGUGUGCAAAGUGGUCGAGAAGAUUCUGGGCCAUAGGUUCAAAACCGGGGAGAGUCCGGAUAAGCAGAUGCACAGGAUGAAGCAGCUCAAAGAUGAGCUCACCGAGUACUGGAAGACCAUACCGCAGGAUCUGGCCAACCCGCAGCUCACCACCGCUCUGGACCUACCAUCGGUUCGAGUCGUCUUCAUCGCCCAACACGCACGCCUAAUCCUCUUCCGGCACUUUACUGACUCCAACGCAACCCGUUCCUUCACCCCCGAGCUCCUAAACUACUGCCUGCAAGAGUCUAUAGAAGUCUCUGUGACGACUGCACGUCUUCUGCGGCGUGCCAAACUCCACCCUGCCUUCAACGACGACUUCGGCGUGGUCACGGACGAUCUGGUACACCUGCACACCUUCCGGGUCGCCGUGAUCCUCCUCCUCGCACUGGAAAUGCACUCUCCCGCUGUCAGCCCAGACGACCUCGACGUGUGCCUCAGCACGCUGCAGGCAAUCGCUCGGGUGCACAUCACCGGGCGGAGGUAUGGGCGAUCCCCUCCCCACAACUAAUCACAUCAGCCACUCUGACCGCG